CAUUCAGAGAGAGAGUGUGUGUGUGUGUGUGUGUUCAGGGUGGUGGAGUAUUUAAGGCUGUGUAUCAGCAGUAGUGUGUGUUAUUCCCCUGUAGAGAUGAGUGUGAGUUUUAGUGAGUGUAACUCGGUGUUAAUCACCGGGGCGAGCAGAGGCCUGGGGCUGCAGAUGGUCAAACAUUUAGUGGGAAUCUCUGAGAGACCGAAGAAGAUCAUCGCCACCGCCCGGAGCCCAGGUACAGCUCAGGAGCUGCAGCAGAUCGUCAAAUCUCAUCCUGAGGUUUAUGUCGUGCCUUUAGACGUGGUGAAUGACGCGAGUAUUGAAGCUGCGGUUCAGAAGGUGUCGAGCAUCGUGGGUCCUGCGGGGUUAAACUGCCUGAUCAACAACGCAGCGAUCGCGUUAGAUACGGACCUGAACUCAGAGACACGUGACAGCAUGAUGAACACGUUCCAGACCAACACUGUCUCGCCUCUGUUCAUCACCAAGGCGUUCCUGCCAUUAUUACGGACAGCAGCAGCAGUGUGUAAUGCCGGUGUGAUGAGUGUGAACCGAGCUGCAGUGAUCAAUGUGUCCUCUAUCGGCGGCUCCUUGGAGCUCCACUGCAAAGACGGAGAAUUUGCGUUCUUUAAAAUUUACUCUUAUCGAGUGUCAAAGGCAGGACUGAACAUGUUGACGCGGUGUUUAGCGCUCGAUCUGCAGGACGACGGGAUCCUGUGCACGGUGGUUCACCCCGGCUGGGUGCAGACUGAUAUGGGAGGAGAGGAGGCGACGUUGACUCCGGAGGAGAGCAUCUCAUCUCUGUUAGCUGUUAUCUCUGCGCUGAGAGAAAAGGAUCAUGGGCAGUUUUUGGACUACAAGGGGCAGAAAUUGCCCUGGUGAAGACGAGCUGAAGUCAUUACAGAGAGCUGCUUUGUUUAACAGGAAUUUUGAAAUUAAUUGUAAUCAGGUGCUGGAACAUGAUUUUAAUAUUAACUGAUUCAUUACCUAAUUAAUAUAAACCAGUCUGUGAUUUUCACACACUGCAAACAUGUUGUGUAUUUUCACUUCUCUAGGGUUUAUUUAGUGGACAAAUCUUGUCUUGUCAAACAAGUCUUCUGUCUUUUUGUGUUAUUGAUGUACUGUAUGUGCAUUGUGCAUUAUAAAUAAUAAAGAAGACAUUAGUAUA